AUGAAAGCAGAGUGGGCUUGUAAUUGCCCUGAGGCAGUGAAUAAGCGUCAGUGUGACGGCGACGACGCAGUUGUUCUCCUGGCUGAGAGUGGAGAGGAGCAGUGGGAGCUGAUCGGUAGUCGAACAUAUAAAUGGCAUGGUCCGGAAGCGCUGAGGUGUAAGCACUGGGACAAAGUGGCUGUCCGAUGGCAUCUCUCCACAUGCGGCCUUCGCCAUGGCCGACGUCACUGCAAUGGCGGCACGAAUGCCGAAUUGGCUCAAGAUCCACAAAGUUACAAAGAGUUACCUCGAUGGCGAAAUGCCUUCACUUAUGCUCAAUUGCCUGAUUCUGAACAUAAAGACGAACAUCUUCGCUUAGCCCUUGAUGGAUACGAUAAGAAGCUUCUAGAUGUGAAGUUGAUAGCACCAUUGAAGAUCGAUGUAGAUUGGAAGUGGACGAUAGGAGAAGACGGAUGCAAUAACUUCAGUGUCAGGAUGUCUGCAAUGAGCACAAUCGACGAUCAUCGUCUCGCUGACUUAUCCCAGUUCUGUUUAACUUUCGAUUCAGAUGGCUUUGUGUCCUGUAAUAAUUUGUAAUGACAAAUCACCCUGCUGAGCGAGUAGAUUUUCUUUGUCUAGUCCUAGUUGAUCGUCUUCUCGAUGAUCUUGGUUUGUACGUAUAUUCGAUGCUUUAGACGACACCGUCAUGACCCUUCUCACCCAUUGACGAAACUCAUUCGGGUGCCAUUUUUGUUCACUUUACUCACACAUAUUCUCACCCAUUCAUAUUGCCUACUGCUUAUCAUCGGGGUUCAUCGACGCCUUUUCGAGCUCCGCCUAUUCAAGAGAAUUUCGCUUAACUCUGCAAUUUUGAUUAAUUUUUUUCUUCUCCACAAAAAUGCUGCAUGUCAGCGAACUCUUGACUAUGCUGCUCCUUCAUUUCUUGCACUUUGCCUCAUUCAAACGUUUCAAGCAACGAAUCGUUCCUCUGCAUUUAUUAAACUUCUCCUGCC